UGUGAUGAUGGCCGGUGUGUCUCUAGCAGCUGGCGUUGCGACGGCGUGGCCGACUGCCUGGAUGGCUCUGACGAGCACGACUGUGUGUGUGGGACAAAGAAGGUACAGUGUCCCGGCACCCACCACUGCAUCCCGCACUGGGAGCUGUGUGAUCGGCACCAGGACUGUGAGGACGGCUGGGAUGAAGAAGGGUGUCCCCAGCAGCCCUGUCUGCCUGGGCAGUGGCAGUGCAGGAACAGGGUAUGCAUCAUGGCCGAGUGGAAGUGCAACGGGAUUGAUGACUGUGGCGAUUCCUCGGAUGAAGACGUCUGCGCCCCCUGCCCACCCGGCAUGGUGCGGUGCGACGAGGGGAAGUGUAUCCUGGAGUCCCUGAUGUGCAAUGACGAGGAUGACUGCCUGGACGGCACCGACGAGCCCAGCACGUGCGGUCGGAGCUGCUUUGUACGCAACGGGGGCUGCGCAGAGACAUGUGCUGACACGCACUGGGGAGUGCAGUGCUCCUGCGGGGCCGGCUGGGCGCUGCAGGCAGAUGGGCAGAGCUGUGCUGAUGUGGACGAAUGCUCCCUGGAGUACAGCCCUUGCAGCCAGCUGUGCAGCAACACCCCCGGCGCUUUCAGCUGCUCCUGCCUCCAGGGCUACACCCUGUGGCACGGCACCAUCUGCGAAGUGGCAGACAACGCGACGCAGAUCCUGGUGGCUGUGGGGCAAGACCUGGCCCUUCUGGAUGUGCGGACACAAGCCUACCGGCCCCUGCUCUCCACCGAGACCGAACCCCGUGCCUUGGUGUACGACCUGCUCCGAGGAACCUACUACUGGCUGACCGAGGAUGGCGAGCUCCGUGCUCACCUCCCAGGGAAGGGCACGCGGCCCCUCUAUGCAGAUGCUGGGGAGGUGAACAGCAUCUCCAUGGACUGGUUCACGGGGCAGCUGUACUGGGCCAGCAGCCACCCUGCAGCCAUUUGCGCGGGGCUGGGUGAUGGCGGGGGCUUUGUGACAGUGCUGGGGAAGGAUGUGGCACCGGAGCAGCUGACAGUGCAUCCGGCUGCAAGGUCCCUGUAUUGGGUCAACCGCGGGCAGAGGGGACGGACAGUCAUUGCUGCAGCUGGCAUGGAUGGCUCAAACCGACGGGAGCUCACAGUGGUGUCCAUGGAGGAGCCUGUAGGGCUGAGCCUGGACCAUGUGGCUGGCAGGCUGUACUGGAUCAGCGAGUACAAGGAGUCCAUCGAGACACUGCGGGUGGAUGGCAGCGUGCGCCACUCCUUUCCUGCCGUCCUGCGGAGCCACACGGAGCCCCUGGGCCUGGCUGUGUUCGAGAGCCGGUUCUUCUGGACCGAUGGCACAGAGCUGGUGUCGGCCACCCGGGCCGCUCCCCAGGAGCACGCUGUGUUGCUCCGUGCCCCUGUCUCGGCUUUCACUGUGCUGCAUGCGCUGCAGCAGCCUCCCCGGGACACUGCUGCGUGUGCUCCGGGCCUGUGCAGUCACCUUUGCCUCCUGUCCCCUGUGCACCCUCGGGGCUACAAGUGUGCGUGUCCAGAGGGCCUAUUCCUCCAGCCCUCGGGGAAGUGCGCAGAGCUGUCCAUCGUGUAUGCGUCGGGCAAGGCCAUCUCCCUGGUGCAGGUGGGCCCUGGAGCGCGUGUCAGACAGGUGCAGGAGUGGCAGGAGACCCUCUACCUGCAAGAUGUAGACUGGCAGAAGUCGGUGCUCUAUGGAACGGAUGACCGUGGGACGCUGCUGCGUGUCGUGGGGCACCCUGGCAAGAGAGAGGCCAUCAUGACUGGGCUGCCAGGGAAUGUGUACUGGCUCGCCUGUAACCGGAGAGACAUCGGGGUGAUCAAGGUGUCUGACAUGUCCUCGCGCAUCCUGCACCGUGCUCGCAGCAGCAUCCAGCACCUCUUCUUGGACUGGCAGCGGGGCACUCUGUACUGGCUAGCCCGUGGGCAGCCCCUGCAGCAGCUGAGCUUGUCUGGGGGUGCUCCGUGGAAUGCCUGGAACGAGACGUGGCCUGGAGACCUACCUGCGGCCAUGGAUACCAGAGCCUUCAGCCUGCUGUGGAGCUCAACCCUGGGCCUGCGGGCACUGAGUCUGACCAAGCGGCAAGCAGUCACCCUGGCACCCAGCUGGUCCCAUGGCCUUGUGGCUGCCUUUGAGCCAUACCUGGUGUCAGCAAAUGGGACGGCUCUGAUGCUGUGGGACCGGAGGACGCUGGCCCUUGUGCUGUCUGUGCCAGCAGCAGGCGUUCAGGGAGUGGUGGCCUUCGUGGGCUCGGAGCUGCAGGCUGGUAAGAGUGGCUCAGUGCCUGGUGCUAAUGCAGUACCCAGUGCCACCAAGCAAGGGGUCUGCCCUGCCAUUCCCCCCACCUGUGAUCACCACUACAAGGACAAGCACCACUGCUGCUCGACCCACCACCUCCACCACGAGACCUACACCAAGCAAGACCACCACUGUGCUUACUACUACUUCUGCACCAACCAGCAAGGCUACCACAACACCAACCACCACCAUCCAGUCAACCAAGACCACCUCUGUGCCAACCACCACCCAGACCACAACAACCGAGACCACCACUGUGCGACCAGCCACCACCAGAACCACCACCAGCACCACCAGAACCACCACCAGCACCACCAGAACGACCGCCAGCACCACCACUCGGUCUUUGCCGACAAAGACCACUGCCCUAAGGCCAACUACUACCACCCAGCCCCUGUGUACCCCCUGACCCCGGUCCUCCAUCUGUCAUGUCCUCGUACACACGUGCCCUGCCGUGAUGGCACCGAGUGCGUGGCCCAGGAGUACGUGUGCGAUGGGGAGAAGGACUGUGCGGAUGGCUCUGAUGAGGAUGGAUGUGCCCAGCUCUGUGACACCCCAGGGGCAUUCCACUGCACGAGUGGAGCCGUGUGCAUCGGCGCUGGGGAGCGCUGCGACGGAGUGCCACAGUGCCCCGAUGCCUCAGAUGAGACAGGCUGCUGGAACCCCACGAAGGAGUGUGCCCUGCGCUGCGAUGCUGCCACCCGCUGCGUCCCUGAGAGCUGGCUGUGCGACGGCCAUGCUGACUGCCUGGACCAGACCGACGAGCAGGGUUGUGGUGAGACCCUGGGGCUGGGUGGGACAAGGGCUUCUGGGGGUUACCUGCCCCACAGCGGAGAGUGCGUGCCAGAGGCCUGGCGCUGUGACGGCACCGCCGACUGUGGGGAUGGCACAGACGAGCAGCGGUGCUGGUGUGAGCCAGGCUAUCGGCUGGCCGAGGAUGGUCUCUCUUGCUUGGACAUAGACGAGUGCAUGGAGUGGGGUGAGGGAGCCUGCAGCCAGACGUGCCUCAAUGCCCCGGGGUCCUACAGCUGUGGCUGUCUCCCUGGCUACCUGCUGGAGCCUGACAGCCGAGUCUGCAAACUCACAGGACCAGAGCCCAUGUUGCUGGUGGCCGUGCAGUCAGAGGUGUUGUCCUAUGGCCUGCGGAGUGGGCGUGAGGAGGUGCUGCUGGCCACUGACAAGGAGCGCGUCGUCUUCUCACUUGACUAUGAUCUGGUGGAGAGGAAAGUCUUCUGGAUGGACCUGGCCACAGAGAGCAUCCGCUGGCAGGGCCUUGACUCCGGCAAGAAAGGCACACUGGUGAAAGGUGUGAGAUCAGACUGCAUAGCAGUGGACUGGCUCGCGAGGAACCUGUACUGGACAGAUGGGGCAGCAGGGCAGGUGCUGGCCACUCGCCUGGGGGCUGCCUGGCGAGGGAUACCAGAGCACACUGUGGUCAUGGAUGGAGGUCUGGACCGGCCCCACUCCCUGGUGCUUCAGCCUCUGGCAGGGGUGCUGUACUGGUCAGAAGUGGGGAGCCAGCCACGGCUAAUGGAGGCCACCAUGGAUGGGAGUCGGCGGCACGUGCUGCUGUCCCAGGGUCUGGGCUGGCCCACAGCACUGGCCCUCGACCUCCCCACCUGGAGGAUCUUCUGGUUGGAUGAGAAGCUUGGCAGUAUCGGUUCUGCACGUCUGGAUGGCACUAGUGUGAAGGUCCUGCAGCUGGGCUGGGUCCGGAGCCCCUUCGCGGCGGCUGUGUGCGAGGGGCAGCUCUACUGGUCAGAAAGGAAGGCAUGGUCCGUGCAGCAGGUGGACAAGGCCAGCGGCAAGAACAGGACCAUGCUGCUCAAGCGACACGGGCAGCCCCAUGGCCUCCAGGUCUACCUGAAGGACCUGCCCACAACGGCUGGAUCCCAAGGCCUUCCCCCACACCGGGCCCUGCCCUUGGCCAAGGUGGGCCACCUGACAGCCAUUGACUAUGCAGUGAAAGACAAGAGCCUGUACUUUGCAGAGGUGGGAGGCGACUCCAUUGGGCUGCUGCGCCUGAAGGACUGGGGCCGGCUGUCCUGGAAGCAGGCGGUGGCCGUGGAGGGCACGGUGACGUCGCUGGCCCUGGACUGGCUGAGUGGCAACCUGUACUGGAUUGGGGGUCAGCCACCCAGCAUCCGUGUGGCAGCUCCUGGGGGGCGGUGGGCCCUGGUGCUGCUCAGUGAGGGGCUGCAGGGUGCUGCCUGGCUGGCACUGUGCCCUCGUGCCUCCACUAUGUGCUUUGUGACGGUGACUAGCAGACAUGGGCCCGGCGCCACAGUGGAGUGUGCGGCCAUGGAUGGCACCAGCCGCAGAGCCGUCUGGAGGAGAGCCCGGGCUCCCACUGGCCUCACUUUCGGGGGUACUGGCACCCGGCUGUACUGGGCAGACCGUGAGAGAGGCACCAUCAGCAGCAUCGAGCUGGACGGAUCCCAGUUCCGGGUGGUGAGAGAAGGGCUGCAUGGCCUCUCGCUCUUCACCGUGGGAGAAGGCUUUCUGCUCUGGAGCACAACCUCAACCAAUGGCUCCAGCAAGAUCUGGCACAGCCGGCUGGAGUGGGCUGAGAGCUGGUGGUUCCCAAUGGAGCAGGAGUUGGUAGCUAUGAGGAUUUACAACCAUUUCUCACAGGAAGGCACUAAUGGCUGCACAAAGAACAAUGGGGGCUGUGCACAGCUCUGCCUGCCCAAUCCCACAGGGCGGCUGUGCCGCUGCUCCCCUGGCUACCACCUGGUGCGUGGGGUGGCCUGCACGCCGGCCCUGCCCUGCCCAGCCCCGCUCCAGGCCUGCCAUGACCUCCAGACCUGCAUCUCCAGAGAGCAGGUCUGCAAUGGGCACCCUGACUGCGCUGAUGGCUCUGAUGAGUCUGACUGCCCCUCUGUGGAGGUGGGGACGCAGGUCUCUGUGGUGGCACCAUCAGGGAUGUCCCGUGUGGAAGAAGAGAAACCAGCCUUGCCCGCAGCUGCACCCAAGCCUCAGCAGCCCAGCCCCAGCCUGUCCACAGCCUCUGUCCCCCAGGAUCAUGGAGAGCCCUUCCUGGUAUCCCCCAGCACUGAGGAGGUGCUGGGGGCCGUGCCAUGCAGCAGCGAGACAUGUAACCUGCGUGGGGACUGCGUCAUUGAGGCUGGGCAGGUGACAUGCCACUGCGCCCUGGGCUAUCGGGGUGACUACUGCGAAGAGGCAGAGGUGCAGCCCGUUGCGGGACCUAUUGCCCUGGGGGUAGCAGUGCUCCUGCUGCUUGCUGCCGCAGCUGUGGGAGCCCUUGCCUACAUGCGGAGACGGGACAGGCGGAGGAGGACCUCAAGCACUGCCUCCACCCGGGUGCUGACCUUGUACCACCGUGAAAGUGACCCUGAGGAAGAAGAUGAGGAGGAGGAGGAAGAGCUGCCCCCUAAGAGUGACACCUUUGUAAAUGAAGCUUAUGAUGGGAAAGAG